GACACCACCACCACCGCCGGUCCCGGUCCCGGUCCCGGUCCCCGCGCAGAUGUGGUGGAGCCGCCCGGUGUCCCAUCGGCGGGGGGGUCCGCUCCGCCGCACCCCGCGCUGAGCCGCCCGCAGCAGCACCCCCCCGCCCGGCGCCAUGCAUUCGCUGGACGAGCCGCUGGACCUCAAGCUGAGCAUCUCCAAAGUGCGGAGCGCCCGAGAGAAACGGGAACGCGGCCCCCCCGGACCACGGCCCCGCGCCGUUCCCCCCUCCGCCGCCGCCCCCCCGCCGGUCGGGGAGAGCCGGGGCUCCGCGCGGGGGGGGCGGCGGGCAGGGCCGGGCCCCGGGCUGUUGGCACACUCCAAAGCGCUGGAGAAGCGCUUCCCGGCCCUCCCCGUCAUGGACCUCAGCCUCUCGCCCCCCCCCGGCGUAGAGUCCCCGGGUGGCGGCAGCGCUUCGCUGUCCCCCGAGCGGCACAGUGACCCCCCCGUGCCCGCCCUCCCCCACGAUUUCCAGUCCCUGCGCUACAUCGACGGCAUCCCCGGCUCCUUCCAGUUCUUCCUGCCGCUGGGCGCGGGGGGGGCUCUGCACCUGCCCUCCUUCCUGCCCCCCCCCAAGGACAAACGCCUUUCCCCGGAGCUGCCCCUCCCCAAGCAGCUCGUCUGCCGCUGGUCCAAGUGCAACCAAUUCUUCGACCUCCUGCAAGACCUCGUGGACCACGUCAACGACUUCCACGUCAAACCCGAGAAGGACGCGGGGUAUUGCUGCCACUGGGAGGGCUGUGCUCGCCACGGCCGCGGCUUCAACGCCAGGUACAAGAUGCUGAUCCACAUCCGGACGCACACCAACGAGAAGCCGCACCGCUGCCCCACCUGCAACAAGAGCUUCUCUCGCCUGGAGAACCUGAAGAUCCACAACCGCUCGCACACCGGCGAGAAGCCCUACAUCUGCCCCUACGAAGGCUGCAACAAACGCUACUCCAACUCCAGCGACCGCUUCAAGCACACCCGCACGCACUACGUGGAGAAGCCCUACUACUGCAAGAUGCCGGGCUGCCACAAGCGCUACACGGACCCCAGCUCGCUCCGCAAGCACAUCAAAGCCCACGGGCACUUCGUGUCCCACGAGCACCACGAGAUGCUGAAGGCCCACGCGCCCCCCAAGGGCUCUGCGGACGCACCCUACGCCAACGGGGCGCAGCUCCUCCUGCCCAACCCCGCCGCCCUCUUUGCCCCCCACGCGCUGCCCGCUCUGCCCCUCCCGCUGGCUCCGGCCCCCCUCGACCUGAGCGCUCUGGGCUGUGGGGCCGGGGGUUCGCUGCCCGCCCUGCCCGGCCCCGCGCUGCCCCUCAACGGCCCGCUGAACUUGGCCAAGGGUCCGCUGCUGCCGUCGCCCUUCGCGGCCGGCGGCCUGGGGCUGCCCGUCAUGUCGCUGCUGGCCGGCGGGGCGAAGGCUGAGGCCGACGAGGCCGAGGGGCGGAAGGGCGGCAAGGAGGGCCGCAAGGCGGGCGGCCGACGGACGGAGCCGGGCCGCCUGAGGGUCCCCCCCGAGAGCCUGGCGCUGCUGCCGGGGGCCGUGCUCGACCUCUCGACGGGGGUGGGCGCGGCGGGCAGCCCCCCCGAGGCGCUGCCGCCCGGCUGGGUGGUCAUCCCGCCCGGCUCCCUGCUGCUCAAGCCGGCCGUGGUGAAUUGAGGGCUGGGGAGGGGGGGGGAGGCAGGCCGAGACCCUGGCGUCACCCCCAGCAUCGCCCCAGGCCCCGGCUUGCGGCCACGUUAACCUUCACGAAAGAAGAACGGACUCUUCUGAGAAUAGCAAUAAUCCCUCGGCGACCCCACGCUGCCGCCCCGGCUCUGGGGGGGGUGCGCCUGGGGGCUCUGCCCCGCGCCGGGCAGCGGAGACGCCGCUAUUUAUUUAUCGCCCAGACCCCCGCGCCGACGGAGCCCCGCUCGGGCUCUUCGCUCUCGCUGACUUGGCGUCUCCCUGCCCCGGGCCUCGGCCCCAACGCUGCCGGCUUGGGGACCCCCAGCUCCACGGCCGGGCCGCCCCGUGCCGCCACCCCGGCCACCCCCGUGACAAGGCACACGGCCGCGUGUGCCGCUCGCCGUGCCGGCUCCGCACCGGGGCAGAGCCACCGCGUUUAGCUACGUUCAUACCUAAGCAUGUACCGCAAGCGCACGCAGGCAGCGCGGGCAGGGCUGCGGGCAGCUGCGCGUCGGCACCGGGCGGCUCAGCGCUGCUCAGCUCUGCGCCCGCGUUUCCAGACGAGCACCCGGAGCCGUGGGGCGACGCUGACGCAGGCUGGGCUCUGCGCUGCCGGACCCCAUCCCGGCAAGAGGGAGAGGUUGGGCGCAGCUGGGUACGCGGGGCCCCGCCCAGCGGCACCGAGAGGCAGGAGCCUCGGAGACGGGGGACCCCGCAGAGGUGCCCCAGGGCUCCAUCCCUGCUCCCGCAGCCCGGACCCUCCUUUUCUGCGGGACCGCCCUCCAGCACGGGGCACAGCCGCCUCCCUCGCCCCGGUGCGCGCAGAAGGUCCUCCGUACCUCGCCCUGCCCACAGCUUUCUCUGAACCGAGGGUCUCCCUGACCCCGACCCGGCUGCAGGGCUCGGGAAGGGCCCCCGGCAGUACGCCCCGCGGGGAGCAGGUCUCCCCACGUCACUGUCCUCGGGCCGGGGUGCGGCGGCCGCCCGGCACUGCCACAGCAUGGCAUUUGCCAUCGACCAGGCCUCCCCGGCCGGUGUACGUUUUCUUGUUCAUUUGUUGGUUUGUUAUUGCACAUUCCAGGUCAUCAGUAUUUUAACGGUCUCUAAGUGCCUUUCUAUUGUAGUUUCUGGGUUGUUUUUAUUUUCCUCCUGUUGGGCUCCAUCGCUGUUAGCAUAGAGUUUAAGGACUACAGAAGCAAGAGAUAAGCUAACGAUUAUAACACUAUAUUCCUCCAUGGGAGAGGAAGUUUAUUAAGAAAACAAUAAAGUGAAGUUGAAGUAA